AUGACAACACAUGCUCAAGCAAUUAACCGAGAACACGAACUUUUAUCAAAUGAGAUUAAACGAAUUAUAAAAUGUUCUUCACAAGUAAACAAUGAUGAUGAUGAAGAAGUUACCUACGCUGCAUUCAAACAUUAUCAUGAUCUACGUGUAAAAGGAUUAAAAUUAGAAGUUGAACAAUCAAUUUUGUCUUUUAUACGAAUUGCGAGUCGAGGACAAGUUCAAUAA